UACUACCAAUAUGAAAUCACUAACAAUGUUCCGGAUUUCCAUACUAAUGUUCAUUUCCUCUCCAUGUGUGAUUCAUUCUCAGCUAGGAAUUGGUCUACCAAUCAAGCUCAAACUCCACGCUAUUGGCCCUGAAGACGUAGCCUUUAAUGGAAAAGGCCAAGGACCUUAUACAGGCGUUGCGGAUGGCAGAAUUCUCGAAUAUUAUAAUGACAAAUUUAUUGACUUUGCUACCACAUCACCUUUCAGGACCAAGGAAAUAUGUGAUGGAACCAAUGAUCCAAAUUUACAACUCACCUGUGGAAGACCUUUGGGUCUUGAGUUUCAUCGUCGUACUGGUGACCUCUAUAUAGCGGACAUUAACUAUGGUCUUUUAAGGGUCGGACUUAAGGGUGGGCUUGCAACUCAGCUAGCAGCCGGUGUAAAUGGAAAAAAUUUCAGCUUUACCAACGCUGUAGCCUUAGAUGAAUCAACCAAUACCGCAUAUUUUAUAGAUUCGGGGAAAAUAUUCCGAACCGGAAACUUUACAAAAGUUGCGCAGAGUGGAGACACAUCAGGGAGACUGCUAAAGUACGAGAUGAACACGGGACAAGUGAAAGUGGUGCUAAGGCGGCUGUCGGGGCCAACAGGGCUGGCAAUCAGCAAAGACAAGACCUUCCUCGUGAUCAGUGAGUUUAUCGGGAGAAAGAUUACCAAGCAUAUUAUCAAAGGUCCAAAGGCUGGUUUAACACAGACAAUCCUCAAACUUGAAGGGCAACCAGACAACGUGAAGUGGGCGACAUCAGGGGGUUUCUGGGUGGCCGUAAACAUCCUUAAACCGCCGCAGCCGGAACAGCUUAUUCCUAUGACGGAAUCCAUUGCUGUCAAGUUCGACAUAAACGGAAAGAUUCUGGACAAGAAGAAUGUUACCUUAGGUUAUCCUAAUUCGUUUAGUGGGUAUUUAGAAUACUUUGGUAAAGCUUAUACCGGGUCAUUAGUGCCGGACUUCCUUGGUGUCUACCGCCUUAAAUAAGUGCAAUUUCCAUGGGGGCAUAAAACAUAUUAAUCUAUAAAAUAAUCAUGCCCACGCAGCCUUAUUAAUUAAAUAUAUAUUUCA